UCUACUUCUGAUCAUUUUGAAAGAAGCUGUCAGAAAUUGUGGUGUUAUGUAAGAGUAAAUUUUGCGUUACAGUCUCGUCAUAUGUGAUGAAUAUAUGUGAUGAAAAUCUCAGAGACUCCCUUCUAUUUGGACAAAUUAUUUGUUCAUCACUUCUUGCUUAAGCAUUCGAGUGUAAGCUGUUUGAUGUCUACUGACUGGCAAUGUUGAUAAUGUAAAUUUAAAUUUGCUGUUCGCAUCGAAAUUAGCUGUGGACGCUCCUCACUUAUAGUUGUCGAAAAUAAGGUUCAAGCUUUAAAGUAAUAAAUGGGAUCAAAAUUAUAUAAGGAUGUGUUGCAUCUUCACCUGCUGCGGUUGGAUGAUUGAUCUGUUCCAAAGUGCAACGGCUGCCCCCACCCUUCAAACCGAAACGCAUUAUUGCUUCACGGCAGAAACAAGCAGGGUGUUAGCACCUACCCGUGCGGACUCGCAUUACGCCCUACCACCAUUACAUAAAUACUGUGGACGUUCACGAUGUCCUGCUGCAUCAGUUCCGCUGUUGGCUGCGCGUUUCUCACAGCCUCAGUGUCAGGGAUAGCCCUCGGAUAUAAUUAUUCAUUAGCAGAAUAUAUCGAUUUAAAAGAAACCAACGUCUCCGUUUACAUAAAGCGAGGUGUUUUCGACGAUGAGAUCGCCGAUGACAUGGAAUGGCGUCGAAGCGGACAUAUGCCGAUCGCCGGACACAUCCGAGAAGAUAACCUCAUGACUGGAGCACCAGAAGAAGAAAAUCCUCAAGCAUCGAAGUCUGGACGAAGAUUGGACGAUUCCAUUUUCGAAUCCGAUGAUCAGAACAAGUUCGAAGGCUCACUGAUGAGGUUAACCGCCAAGGCCCCGGCCUUUAGCACGACAACCAAACCGGCCACGAGCGACUUGGAAAUGGCAGAGAUAAUGUCGAAAUAUCAACUGGGCUCGGUCGAUCAACUCAAGGCUAUUCAAGGCCUCAUUAACAUGAGAAAGUCGGGGGAUGCACGUGAUACAACUGCUAAAGGAGCGGUGAAGACAACAUUUGGAUACGACGAAAGAUACCUACCACACUUUCCAGCAUUUCCUGACCCAAUGAUGUCAGGUAGACGAAUAAUGCCCUCGAACAUCAACAUAAAUGUGGACAAAGCCGAUAGUUCUUUACGAAAAGCAGUACCAGAAGCGAGUAUUAAUGAACCCGAUAAGUGGGGUAGACGUAAGGCAUUCCCUGGCGCCAUCAACGAUGUGGCCUAUGAUUAUUUAGAUAAGAGCCCUAAAUAUCCACCUCCAGUGACCCCUAAACCUGGCCCAGUGAGACCGACAAAAUUAAGAGCUUCAUCUGCUAUAUUUCGGCCAACCCACACGCAAAAAGUAAUAGAGUCAUCACCAAAAAUGGAUUAUGCGAUUUCUAAAGAAGUUGACCGUGAUCUUGAAGAAUUCAAAGAAAAGCUAAUGUUGGACAAAUUUGAAAAUCCCAAUUUAAAAAGCGAUGUUUUGAAAAUGCCUAAAGAAGAAUUUAUCAAAGCUGAAGAUGACUAUGAAGCUGAUAUAAAAGGUCUUCCAGUCAGAAAAAAGAGGAAUGUUAGCGAUAUUAAGAAAUACAUCAAACCAGCAUCGAGUGAAUCGAAUGUUGUGAAGAAAGAUAAAAAUAUCGCAUUUUCAAUCAUCAAUAAUAAUAUAUUUAAUUUAGCAUCGAGAAUUGCUGAGAAAAGUGCAACAGCACAAAUGAAAACACAGAAUGCUCGUACCAAAAGUAAACUUCUAUUAAAACUACAAUCAUAGCAUUGAAAAAAAGAACAGUUUUAAAAAGACUGACACAAUUAUUACAUGAAUAACAAAGUAAGAAUAAAUGGAGAUCCGUUUAUAAUAUUUAACAAAAUGGUGUAAUUAUUGUUUGCUAAAACCAACAAUUACGUGAUGUUUCAAUGUUUAUUAAGUUACGUGAAAUGUAUUAUGUUAUUAAAUUUUUAAAAGUCUAA